UCUGUCUUCUCGCUGUUGCCUUCCCUCAGGUCUUUGCUCAGCUCAGCUAAGGUGGCAUAACACAAUUCAGUUUUUGUGUUCCUUAAAAUAGUACACACGUAGAUACAUACAAAAAUAUACACACUAUACAGAUACGGACAAUAUUAAAUAACAUCCCUUUUUGAAGUGUGUGCCUGUGCCCUGUGCUCCCGUUCACGUUCAAAAUGCAGUUAAACAACAUCGACAUGGAUAUGGAGAAACGAAGAAUGAUACUUCGGGCUUUUCAGAGUGGCGUGCCUCAUACACAGGCAAAGGAAAAUAUUGAAAAGAGAUUUGGCGAUUGCGUUGGCUUUGGUGUGCGAACUUGCGAACGAUGGUAUAGAAAAUUUAAACAUGCAGAUUUUGAUUUAACAACAAAACCCAGGGAUAAGUUAAAAAAAGAUUACUCCUAUUCGACGAGGAGAAAAACUAAAAAAUCAUCCUCGAAAACAGUUAAAAAAGUUAAUGAAAUAAAAUUUUAUAAUCAGCAACAGAAUUUACCAUUACCAAAAUUACCAUUAGCAUCAGCCAAAGCCGCAGCAGAAACAGCAAUAGCCGCGGCCACGAAAGCCAGCGCGAUGAAUGAUCAAACAAAUGCAAAUGUUCAAAAACUAAUGAGAUCGAAACGUGAGCUCACUAUUAAAAAAAUACCUGCAAAUAGUGGUGCGGCAUCAGGGAGAAAAGGGCCAUUAGAAUCAACGAAUAAUAAUAAUAACUCAAUAACAUCAACACCAACUUUAAGGCCAAUGCCCCAUCUAACGCCAGUCAAAAGUUCGACUGAAAUAACGAAUGCAAUACCAAGUGAAAUGCCCAAAUUAAGGCCACGCAGACCACGAUCAAAAGGUAUAGAAAUUAACAUUCCGGUAAAUUCGGCCAAAAGGAUGAGUGCACAAACUUUGACCGAGAGUCAUAGCAUUGGAGAAGGCCGCAAGCUACCCACUAGGACGUCGGAAACAUCCCGAAGCACUGCCAAUAGAUUCAAGGAAGUAACCGUUCAAUUUCAGAACCUUAAUCCAGAUGUUGCCAAGAAUACAGUUCGCAAAAACACCACUAAAUCCCCCGCUUCAAAGCGUCAGUCAUCUAUUUACCUGAAAUCUCAAACUCAAAAUACGAGUCCAAUGCUAAAAAUCACAAAUGUGGCUCAUAUAGAAAGCAUGAGUCCAGAAAAGAACAAGUCCUCUUCUGAACAAGCUACGACACCAACAAGCAAGCGCGACUCGCUUACGCAUCCUCAGACAUCGCCCCUGAAUAACCAGAAAGGAAUCAUCUAUCUUAAUCCUCAGGAAAUAUUUCCAAAAAGUUUUGGUGGCUUCGAGAGUUCACUAAAACGACCGAGUCCAUAUUCCAGACCCGCUCAACAAACAACAACACAACACAUAACUUCUCCAACAGUGCAACAGCAGCGUGUAAGCUUACCACCUCCAGCUGCAGCAGUAGAAAUACAAGAUUCUCCCAUACACUUUGACAGCGACGACAGUGGCGAGGAUGUACUUUUUCCUGAAAAUAUUAAUUUGCCCGCACCGAAAACCAAAGCAGAUUCUACGUACAUCACGUAUUUUGAUAUGGAAAGUUGUCAGCCCAUACAAUUGAACCCGGAGGAACCGGUUUUGACACAGCCUGCAAUUCCAGUGAUAGAAAUUGACUAGAAGUAAAGUGCAAAAGGUCGAACAAAAGGAGAGUAAAGAGUGUUUCGUAAUUCUUUUCCAAUAUUUUGUUUUAUUUUUAUUUUAAAUAAAAAAUGUGUAUGUAUACAAUUUGUUGUUGUGACAUUGGA